AUGACCCCGGAUCCAAUAGAAAGCCCAUUGGCCACGCGGGCAAGAGUCAAUGAGCCCGGGAGCCAUGUUCAUAGUCAUGCGAGCGGUGCUUCGCAUGGUGCUGAGCGGGUGCUUCUAGCUGCGCUCGAGCGGUCUCCCUUGCAGCGCGAGUGGCAGGCCCUCGAAGGGUGGUUUCAGGCGCUGGACGUCGUUGAUCAGGCGGCUAUUGCGGCUGCGCUCUCGAGAAAAGUACACCCAGACUUUGUUCCUGUAAUCAAGGCUUGUGCUGGCACAGAGUCUCCCUACGACGCUGGGUUCCCGGCUAUGGCAGGUCCCUCUGCUCAGGACGCUGGGGAUAUUGCUGCGCCCGCCUGCACAACUGGCUCCAAUUCGCAUCGCACCGAGCAUUUCGAAAACUUUGUUGAUAUCGCCCGUGCCUCGGGGCGCCAGGCGGUCGCGCCACGCCAACACAGCGUGGACUCGGCCGCCGGUCCGUCGGACAAUGGCUCGGCCGGAUCCUCUCAAAACCGCUUCCGCACUUUCAGAUCACUGGGUACGUCCCAACCCCCUAGCGCCGGCGCUUCUCCCUUUGUGAACUCUUUCAUUUCGCCGGUUCCGAAAUCAGGGCUCUAUUCCCAAGCGUUUGCCCCAUUGGGCCAGAGGCAGCAAUCCUCUUUCACUCCCUGGAGCUUGAGUCAAGAAAUCAACCGUCCCAAGUCAGCUACCGAGAUUAACCCUUCCAGCUCACCCAAUUAUUCUCCGUAUCAGUCGCAUCCUUGGGCCCAGCCGGCUGGCUCCGCAAGCGCUGGGUAUGGAUCUUCAGGACUCGACAUCAUGCGCGGGGGCCAGAGCAGUGGUGAGUCCAAAUUGCAGCCGGUCUCUAAGCGAUGGACCGCUUCUCCGCUGCGACCUAAAACUGGACUAGCCGGUCCGGCACCGGGCUCGGCAGGCUCUGUGUCUGCUUCGACUGCUAAUCCUCUAGGCUCGCCAGCGCCAGGAGCAGUUGGCCAGGGUGUUGCUGAAGUAAAAAACGCCGCUGCCGGAACUAUUGGGCCAAUUAAUCCUGCCCCCGGUCCGGAAACACCCGCAGGAAAUCGGCGUGAAGAUACGAAGGUCUGGAAUGGCAAGCCCUUCCAACCCACUUACGCUGCAGCUAUUGGCUCCUCCCCAGCGCCCGCCACGACCGCAGUAUCUCCGCCCUCUGUAGCUGCACCACCUGCUGCGCCCGCCUCUCCCCGUGCGGCCAAUCAGUCGCCUUACGCCAAACGCAGUGUGAACUAUAUGGACAUUGAGUUGUUAGCAGAUAUGGGUGCCUGGUUGCGCUCAUUACGGCUGCACAAGUACACAGAAAAUCUCAGUGACAUGCCAUGGCAAGAGGUGGUGCUUUUGAAUGACCAAGAUCUGGAGGCUCGCGGUGUAAACGCCCUGGGGGCUCGCCGUAAGAUGCUUAAAAUGUUUGAGGAGAUUCGUGCCGCGCAGGACAACGGCAAACUACCGAAAUAA